AUGGCCACGCUCGAAGGCGAUGAUGGGGCCAAGAAGGAGGAGGCCACAGCAACGGGGCAGCAGGAGCUCCUGGCCCGGAGAGGCGGCGUAUUUGGCUCUGCGGAGCGCAGUGACGCGCUGCAGCAGCUCAGGGCCGCCAAGCGCACUCCCGGCGGCUAUGGGAUUGGCCAUGGUUUUGGGCGGCACGGCGGGGCGGUCAGCGCGGGAUCAGCUGACGAUGAGCAUCAGCCACUCGUAGCCGACGAUAGCAGCCUGGACAGCGAAGUCGAUGCAGCAGCGGUGGGCAGCAGCGGCAACUCAGCGGGCAGCGGCGGCGGCAGCGCUGCUGUGGCUGAUGCCGCCUCGGAUGUGGCGUUGCAGCAGUUUUGUGAGCAGCACUUUGGGGUGGAGUGGGUGCGGCGCUGGGGCACCACCGCGCAGCAGGUUUGCUCCGCCACGCAGCAGCUGCAGACUUUUGCGUCAACGGUGACGUGCCGAUCUGUGAACGACACCCACAUGCCCGCCGCCAGCUCGCCGCAUGUGUUGUGCGAUGCUACCAACCUUCGUCUGGACCCCUCCAAGCUGCGCCGCGCCCGCUGCCCGCUCCACCGCCCUGGCUACCUGUGCACCUCGCCCACGUACCACCGCUACGAGCCGGGCGCCUGGUCUGUCAACUGCUCCUGGCCCGGUUUCAGCCUCAAGGCGUUCAGCAAAGACCACCAGCAGGACAUCUUUGGUGCCAUGCUGGCCCAGCCUGGAAGCUCACCUGAUGGCGCCGGUGGCAGCAGCAGUGAGCGCGACAGCGGCGCAGCCUCCUCAGGAGGCAGCGCCAGCAGGGAGGCAGCGCGUGCACCAGCUGGGGUGGAGGAGGUGCCCACGCUGCUGGUGACUCGAGAGAUCCGGGAGCAUGCCAAUGUGUACCACACGUUUACAGAUCUGCUGAACGUGUACAUCAGCGUGGCAGUGAUGGGGUGGCAGAGUUGUGCGCGGCAGGUGGUGAUCCUGGACAACCACCCGCCUGGGCCGCUGGACAUGCUGUGGCCUGUGGUAGCAGCGGGCGGUGGCUCCGCUGUGCUGCCAGCAGUGCGGCAGUUGCUGCAGCAGCCGGGGGCGCACCCCUGGGAUGUGCGGCUGCAGGACGCUGGUGCAGACAGCGGCGUUGGUGUGGAUGUCGGCGGCCCAGAUGGCAGGCUGCUGGUGCGGAAGGUGUCUGAUUUCAAGGGCCCGGUCGUCUUCCGCCGUGCCGUGUUUGUGCCUCCCGGCUACACCAGUCUGCUGUUUGCGCACCUCUAUGAAGAAAGCAGCUGCCCGCUGCGCACCACCCUCUUCGCGGGCUUCCGCCGCUUCUUCCUGUCCUCCUUUGGCCUGGAUGACCAGCAGCAGCAGGCGGAUGCGGCGGUAGCGGCGGGCUCGGUAGCAGUAGAAGGCAAAGUGGGAGUCGGCGGGGAUGGACGGGGAGGAGCAGGGGUGGCACGUGCGGGGGCAGGGGGAAUAGGAAGCCUGGGUGCCGAGGGGGAUGCCCACCGCAGUGACAGCACGCUGACCAUCCGGUUGAUCAGCCGGCGACCGGGGCCCGGCAAGGCACGCAUGGCGCGGCAGAUUGGGAAUGAAGAGGAGCUGGUGGCUGAGCUGAGGGUGGCGGCGGAUGAGGAUCGUGGCGGCGGCGGCAGCGCAGUGUCGGUUGGCCUGCUGGACUUUGCGCAGCUGACAGUUGAGCAGCAGGUGGCAGUGGUGCAGCAGACCGACAUCCUCAUCGGCAUGCACGGCGCGGCGCUGGCAUACGCGCUGCUGCUGCCGCCCCACGCUGCGCUGGUGGAGUUAUGGCCGCAGGCCGACGGCAUCUGGCGCUGCUACCAGAACUUUGCGCAGUGGGCGGGCGCGCUGUAUCGGCGGGUAGCCAACCCCGACCCCUCACGCCACCGCGACACCCCUGCUGGCGAUGUAACCCAAGUGGACGUGGGCGAGGUGGCACAGGCGGUGAGGGAGCUGCUGCCGCUGGUGCAGCAGCGGCGUGCCGAGCGGCUGGGCCUGCAGCGGCAAAAUGGAGCGCAGGAUGGACAGGAGCUGUAG